CGGGCGGCGGCGGCGGCGGUGUCGUCGCACCGAAGACCGACAGGUACCGAAACGCCACCCGGGGCAAUGACUCGAUGAAGCGGGCGCGUAGCGUCGAGACCUUGAUGAGGUACAACAGCGUGACGACGGACGAGCCGAUUAUGCGCCAGCUUGUUCCGGUUACUCGACCGGCGACGAACGGCAUGCGCCAGGAGCCGGUCAAUGACCACAUUAUUCUCGUGGAUCGCACGUCCGUGAAGAUCGAGAAUCGUUUGGGCGAGCUCGAGCGGCCUAAACCGAUCAACAAGCCCAAGAGGAUCAAGCCGAUAUUGGCGGAAACGGAACGACCGCCACCGGAUCUAGUCAAGACCACGAUGAGGAUCUUCGAAGGCUCCGCGAAGAAGGUGAAGCCCAAGGGCGAGGUCGCCGCGAAGGUCGCCACUUUCAAGACCAUCAACGACACGUUCAAGGCGCAGAAGAAGCUGAUGCCGAAACCGCCGAUACAGCCCAAGCCCUUCAUCAACGGCGGCGCUCGCGCCGGUUCCGGGGGCCUCGUUUCUCCGAAGAAGAUUGUAUUGCCGCACAAGCCGACAGCGAAGCUGAUCGAGACGCAGGAUGGCAAGGAGGAGUUUCAUAUAGAUGGCGUGAUCACGGAACCGAUCGCGCAAUCGGUGUCCUCGGUGGUGAGCAAGUUCCAGCAGAUCGAAAAAUCGCAUUCGCCCUCGCCGUCACCGGAACCCUCGUGCUACAAGUUCAAGUUCUCGCCGGCGAACAGUCCCGAACCGCCGCAGAUGUAUAAGCCCAAGUCAGCCGCUCUCGAGAUCGUCGUCAAGUCACCGCCGGUCACGCCGGUACUUUCGCCGAGGAUCUUGUCGCCCAGAUUACAGAGCCCGCCUUCGCCGAUCAAGGACGCCACACAGGGCUCGCAGAGUCCCUCCUCACCCGUCAAGGACUCGAUCCGGGUUCAGAUCUCUAAUCCGUUCCACAAACCGCCACUGCCGAGUCCCAGGGAAUCCUCGAAGACCCCAGAACCGGAAUCGUUCAAAGUUCUUCGUCCGCAGAUCGAGAAGGAGCCUUCGAGGAUGAACAUCGAGAGUCAAGAAUCAUCCAUCAAAGCUGAACAAAAAGAGGACGCGAAAUCGAGUCGCGUAACGUCCAACGAUGAUGAAGAACAGGAGGUCGUCGACGGGCCGAGAACCAUCUCUAAGAUCGCUUUAGACAACAUCGGCAGAGCCGGCAUAACGAUGCAAUUCAACUUCGGCGACAAGCCCAUGACCGAUAAAAGUUAUCUACCGGGUGCGAAACAAAAUGGACAAAGAACAGCCGACGAACGAGUGCCGGAAGACGAUCACUGCGCAAAAACGGAAUCCAAAAGCAAGACGAUUAUUCCGUCCGAUGCACCUGCCAGCGUCGUGAUGACCUCGGAGACGACAUACAGAUUACAAGAAAGACUUGGGUCCGAGAAGCUCGACGAUGGCAAGGUGGACGUCGAGGAGAAGCUGAUCGUGCCGGAGAGCAAACCCAUCGGCGCCAUCUGUAGUCUAGGCUUGAUCAAGACCACGACUACGACAACGGCAUAUCCGCAGAGCAACAACGAGGCGAAGACGAUAAGAUGCCAGCAGCAGAAGAGCGAGUUCUCGCCGCCCCAGAAGCAGAUCGGUAUCAUACGGCCGCUCGUUUCAACGCAGAAGACGCAGUAUCCGCAGAAUCUGAGCAAUCGCGAGCUCGAGAAGAACCUGAUCAAUCGAGUCAAGAGUAUCGAGCAGCCGACCAAAGUGGUAGUGAGCCUGAAGAGCGCCGACGAGAUACAGCCGGCGAAGAAGACGAGCGCGGGAGGUGGAGGAGGUCUCUGGGAUAAGAAGCCAUGGAACCAGCAAAACAAUACGAUGGUGUUCAACUUCAGCAACCGAAAGGACGUGCCGGAUUACAUUGAGAAUGACGGUCUCAUCAUCAGGAGAAAGCGGGAAAAGCCGAAGGUUGGCGACGGCGGCAUUAUAGUACUCGAUGCCACUUUGGAUGCGUCUACGACCGACGAUGCCGAGUGGGAGAUCUCCGGGGGUCCGCCAUCACCCUGCGAUGUAUCGUUUCUCAACGACAAUGUCCUUAUCAACGGACGCAGCAACCUCUCGAGGACGCCACGAAAUCAUAAGCAUCGAAUACAGUUCGACGACACCGCGACUCGUACUUUCGAGUAUCCCAGUGAAGCAUCGAUCCUCGAAGGCGAGACCAGUAGUGUGGAUGGCGAAACUUCCGGUUCCAUCGAGCAACAGUCUACGCCGGGCAACAACAAAAUUUCCUCGACACCCAGCUCGACGACGACAAGUGGUGGUGGAUUAGCCAGUUACACACCCAGCAAGGUGGAUCUGACGUCAGAAGGUUUUGAGCUGGGUAUCAGUAGAGCCGUACCGAUGAUAGUUUCCGCGCCAACAGCAGCAACCGGGCAAUCUGAAAAUGCGAGCGACGUGGAAUACUUGAGACCAGCUCAAGAUGCAGGCGCAUGGGGUUCAGAAACGACUGGGGAUCUUCUUUAUUGAUGAGACAAAAGGAAGAAAUGCAAACUACAAGCUUUAAUAGCUACACCAUUAACAGCUCAACGUGUCCCUCCGCAGCAA